AUUAAAUAAAAUCCAAAAAAAUUUAAUUAAAAUAAAAAAAUAUAAAAAAUGAUAACAUAAGAUACUGUAUACUUAUCUAAUUUACCAGAAGGAACAACAAUAGAAAUACUUUAUAAUUGUUAUAUUACUUGUGGAGAAAUAGCUAAAAUAUAUCUAAGUUCAACUGAUAAAACUGCACUAAUUUAAUUUAAUGAAGAAGAUGAAGCAUAAGCAGCACUUACUUACGAUUUGAUAAAUGAAUAAUCAAUUAAUAUAGAAAUCGCAACAACUGACAAGCUAGAUAAUAUAACUCAAUAAGUAAAUUAUGAUGGAUAAUCUCAAAAUUAAUAAAAAUAAGAAAGCAAUAAUAAUGAUGAUGAAAUUAACUAAUUUUUAGACCAUUAACAGUCUGAAAAUUAAAAAAAGAAGAAGAAUAAAGAGUUUAAUAAGAAGCUGAAAAAUAAAGAGCUUAAUAAGAAGCUGAUAAAUAAAAAGCUUAAUAAGAAGCUGAAAAAUAAAGAGCUUAAUAAGAAGCUGAAAAAUAAAAAGCUUAAUAAGAAGCUGAAAGAUAAAGAUAAGCUGAAUUAUAAAUAUAAUAGGAAUAAUAAGCUAAAUUAGAAUAAGAAUAAUAGGCUGAGUUAUAAAGAUAACUUUAAGAAGCCAAAAAAGCUGAAGAGUAAAAAAAACUUGAAGAAUAAAGAAAAGCUGAAGAAUAAAGAUAAACUGAAUAAGCAAAAAAAGCUGAGGAAGCUCGUUUGUAAGAAGAAAAUAGAAUAAAAUUAGAAGAAUAAGUGCGUAAAGAAUAAGAAAUAAGAAGAUAAGAAGAAUAGUUGAAAGCAGAAGCUGAAAAAGCAAAAAAUGAAAAAGAAGAAUGUGAAAAGAGAGUUAAAUAAGAGGAAAAAACAUAAAGAGGGAAUAAAUAAUAAGAAGAAAAUUAAUGCUUAGAUAAUUAAAAGCUAUUGUAAACCUUACAAAAUACAAGCAUUCCUUCUAGAAGCAAAUUAGAUUAAAAUGAUUUAUUUUAAAAUGUUUUUAACCCAGUCUUUAUUGGCUUAGCUUCUUCUUUAUUUGUUGCUUUUUCACUUUUUAUUGGUAACGUGUUUUGAUUUUAUAUAGAUGAAGAUUUUUUUUUAUU